AUGGAGGCAGCUACAGCAGGUCUUCGGGACACAGCCUCGUUAACUCGGAAGUUUGAGUUUAACCCAAAGUGGGGCAUUGAUAAUCCUGUCCUCUCUCUGGCUGAAGACUUCGACCCCUCCGAUCUCCAGUGCCUGCAGCGGCCUCGUUUCUGUCUGCUGAGCAAAGAGGAAGGCAGGAGUUUUGGCUUCCACCUGCAGGAGCUGGGCAGGGCUGGGCCUGUGGUGUGCAGGGUGGACCCAGGCACCUCUGCCCAGUACCAGGGCGUUCGGGAAGGGGACCGGAUCCUGGGGGUGAAUGACCGAGUCGUGGAAUGUGAAGACUACGCUGUGGUGGUUCGCUGCAUCCAGGCCAGCGGGCCCCGCGUGCUGCUGACCGUCUUGGCGCAGCACGUGCAUGAUGUCGCUCGAGCUCAGCAGGGGAACAGCGCCCACCUCUGUCCUCCUCUCGGCCCUGGGGUCCGGCCCCGACUGUGCCACGUAGUGAAAGACGAGGGUGGUUUUGGCUUCAGUGUCUCCUACAGCCAUCAAGGUCCUUUCUGGCUGGUGCUGAGUACUGGAGGAGCAGCCGAGCGGUCAGGGGUGCCCCCUGGGGCCCGGCUGCUGGAAGUGAACGGGGUCAGCGUGGAGAAGUUCACUUAUCACCAACUCAGCAGGAAGCUCUGGCAGAGUGGAGACCAAGUGACCCUGCUGGUGGCAGGGCCAGAGGUGGAGGAACGGUGUCGCCAGCUGGGAAUGCCCCUGGCUGCACCGCUGGCAGAGGGCUGGGCACUGCCCACCAGGCCCCGCCGCCUGCACCUAAAGAAAGGGCCCCAGGGCUUUGGGUUCCUGCUUCGUGAGGAGAAAGGUCUUGAUGGUCGCCCUGGACAGUUCCUGUGGGAGGUGGACCCAGGACUGCCAGCUGAGAAAGCCGGGAUGCAGGCUGGGGACCGGCUGGUGGCUGUGGCUGGGGAAAGUGUGGAGGGGCUGGGCCAUGAGGAGACGGUGGCCAGGAUCCGGUCGCAGGGCUCCUGUGUCUCCCUCAUUGUUGUCGACCCUAAAGCUGACCGCUUCUUCAGCAUGGUUCGUUUGUCCCCACUUCUCUUCUUGGAGAGCACAGAGGCUCCUGCCUCCCCGCAGGAAACCUGCUUGGCCUCUCUGGUUGAAACCAAGGACCUACCAGUUGAAGACACAGCCGUGCCUCUUGUCCCAGGCGGCUCCCGCCAGUGCUCCCUAUACCCUGCGCCCAGCGGUGGCUAUGGCUUCCGACUUAGCUGUGUGGCCAGUGAGCCUCGAAUCUUCAUCUCCCAGGUGACCCUAGGAGGCCCAGCUGCCCAGGCAGGGCUGCAGAUGGGAGAUGUGAUUCUGGAGGUGAACGGGUAUCCCAUGGGUGGAGAGAAUGACCUGGAAAAGCUUCAGCAGCUGGCUGUGGCUGAGCCACCGCUCCACCUGAAGCUGGCAGCGAGGUCGUGCCAGGGCUCAGAAGCCUGUAAUCCCCCCAGGUUUGGAGAGGACCGGGCUCCAGUGUCAGAGCUGCUAUAGUCCUCUCCUGCUUGGCACAGACCUGCCCAGUGGCCUUCCUGUCUUCACUCUCCUGCUUGUGAUGGUAGGAGCUGAGAAGCUCUCUUUAAGCCAGAAGGGACAGCUCUAGGAUUCUGGGCACUUCCAAUCACAGGAUUGCCCUGUGUCUCUCCACCUUCCCUUGGGCCCACCUCCCAGAAGAAGGUGUGUCCAGAGGUCUUAGCCAGCCCCACUAGUGGGCGGUCUGCCCUCUGGUUCCACAGGAAGUCCUAUGGGAGUUUUGGGAGUUGUGUCCCACAGAUGGGAGUUCUGCCUGAAACAAGUGGUGGGAUUUAAAAUAAAUUAUACUCUUUCCCGGCACAGAGCUCCUAAAGCCCUUGGAAUUUCCUAAGUAGUAAGAGUGAUCUUUUACUCAUA